UCAACGGGGUGGCUUUCGUUUCCUUUGCGGGUAUGGAGUCUAUUUUGGAUGAACGCUUCUUGCAAGAUCUUCAGAACCCCUGGGCCAACUCCAAGAAGAAGCUGAAGAUGAAUUCUCGUGUUGUUGGGGGCAUCAUAACAGGAGGGAAGAAAGACGGGUUCUCUAAACCAGUCAUCUAUACUCUGGAGAACAUCAAGCCAAAGCAGGAUUUUGAGAGUGCUAUCUGCGUUACCUGGAGACCAGAUGUGGAGGGAGGCAGAUGGACACGCUCAGGCUGUGUGCUCCUUGAAGCUUCCAAGACGCAUACUGUCUGCGGCUGUAAUCGAAUGGUGAACUUGGCCGUCAUCAUGGCUUCUGGGGAGCUCACGAUGGAGUUCACCCUGUACCUCAUCAGUCACGUGGGCAUGAUCAUCUCACUGGUGUGUCUUGCCACGGCCAUCAUCACCUUCCUUGUGUGUCGCACCAUCCGAAACCAGAACACCUACAUCCACCUGCACCUCUGCAUAUGCCUCUUCUUGGCCAAGAUACUGUUUCUCACUGGUGUGGACAAGACUGACAACCAGAUGGGCUGCGCCCUCAUCGCAGGCUUUCUGCACUACCUUUUCCUUGCGUGCUUCUUCUGGAUGCUGGUGGAGGCUGUGAUACUCUUCCUUAUGGUCAGGAACCUGAAAGUGGUGAAUUACUUCAGUUCUCGGAACAUCAAGAUGCUGUAUCUCUGCGCCUUUGGCUAUGGGCUCCCGGGGGUAGUGGUGGCUGCCUCUGCUGGCUUACAACCACAGGGUUAUGGGAUGUAUAAUCGCUGCUGGCUGAAUACAGAAACAGGGUUCAUCUGGAGCUUCCUGGGGCCAGUGUGCACAAUUAUAGUGGUCAACUCCAUCCUCCUGACUUGGACACUAUGUAUCCUGAGGCAGAAGCUUUCUAGUGUCAGUGCGGAAGUCUCCACACUCAAAGACACCAGGUUGCUGACCUUCAAAGCCUUUGCUCAGAUCUUCAUCUUGGGGUGCUCCUGGGUGUUGGGCAUUUUCCAGAUUGGACCCGUGGCCAAUAUCAUGGCUUAUCUCUUCACCGUCAUCAACAGCUUGCAGGGGGCCUUCAUCUUCCUCAUUCAUUGCCUGCUCAACCGCCAGGUACGUGAAGAAUACAGAAGAUGCAUGACCAGGAAGACUAAACCCAGCUCUGAGACCCAGACCUCAGGGAUCUUACUGUCAUCCGUUCCCUCCACUUCCAAAACGGGUUGAAGUCCCUUCUUGCUUUCAAAUACACAAUGGAACAACAUCUCAGGAAAGCAGGUGCCUGCAGAAGCCUUCUCUGAAAUCUGUUCUCAGCUUAGUGUGGAAAUGCAGUAUCUCGCCAGCCCUAGAACUCUCUGGGCAAUUUGGAUUAUGGAUGAUUGGGUGGGGUGGUCUUCCCAUGGCUUCCUGCCCUGGUGAGAAAAGAAGAGCUUCUGUUCCAGCUUACCAUUUUAUCUUCCGUUUUCUGCAUCUCUGACUUUUCAGAGUUUUGUGGAGAUAACAGACUGCAGUGCAAUGGCAGGACCAAGGACUUCUGGCUACCACUUUGAUUUGUCCUAAGUCCAUUGAUGUGUGGCUUUAAGCAUGCCUCUCCAGCUUCUAUCACAUGCUUCACACACAGAGUAGCCCUAAAUAAAUGAUUUGUUUUCUGAC